AUGAUCUCCACCUAUCACAGUCAUGACACCAGGACUGUUACAGUUAGAGGCAAGGAGGUGGUGAAACCACUUUCAGUAUUGGACCACGAUAAGUCAAUGGGAGGGGUCGAUUUGAAGGACCAGCUGCUUCACUCUUAUUUGAUCGAGAGGAAGCGUAUGAAUAAGUGGUACAUGAAGCUGUUUCGCAGGCUCCUAAACGCCUCAAUUCUGAAUUCAAUGAUAGUGUACAGGAGUAACACUGGCAAACGAAUUCAGCAAUUAACAUUCAUAAUUCAGUUGAUUGAGGGCCUGUUCGUGAAAUAUGUGAGUGCUGUGGAACAUAAAGUGCUGGGUUCACAUCCAUCAGACAACACAGUGGCCCGUCUAACAGAACGACAUUUUAUCAGCAAGAUUCCUCCAACGGUGAAGAAAUCUAGACCACACAGAAAGUGCGUUGUGUGUCAAAAGCGCGGAAGGAGAAGGGACACAGUGUAUUGGUGUGAUGCGUGCAGCAUGGGCCUCUGCAUUGAGUGUUUCCGCGACUACCACACCCAGCAGAAUUUUAAGGUAAUAUGA